AAAUAAAUAUAUUGCCAUACUCACUGCACUUCAUUUAAACAUUCAUGAGUGAACAACGCCAUUUUUAUAAACUAUUCCAAAUUCAAAUCAUACCACGCGUCAUCUAGGAAAAAAACAUUUUAUUAAUUCAUCCUCGAUUGAGGCAAAGGUUUAGACAUUCAGCCAGUAAGUAUAUCGUAUUCUCAUUUGUAGCAGUUAGUUGAAAUGCCGGCGCCAACGGGGCAGGACGCGAGUGCUAAAAACAGUGACGUGCAUGUUAUCGACAUCGACUUCGAUAUCGAUGAGGUUUUGGCUCCCAUCGACAAGUCUGAUAUCCCAGUGAUACACAUCGACAAACCAAAACAAGUGGACACCAUGAACGGAAACGGAAUAGCAAACUCGAAGCCCAAGCAGCAGAAUGUCGCUGAGGCUGUAGAAAAGGCAAGGGACGCAUACAACCGCGGUGUAACCCGCCCAGUAAAAUGGCGCUUGCAGCAGCUAAAGAACCUCCUUCGUAUGUACGAAGAAAAUCAAAACGCCAUGAUAGAAGCCCUACGUAAGGAUCUGAGGAGAAGCAAGAUGGAAUCCGUCAUGCUGGAAGUGGCGUACUUGAUUAAUGACCUGAAGAGUAUAAUUCACCAUUUGGAAGACUGGGUUAAGCCUGAGAAGCCUGAAAAGGGGUUCGUGAACAUGCUGGAUGAUGUCGUCAUCUACCACGAUCCUUACGGAGUAGCCCUGGUGAUCGGUUCCUGGAACUACCCCUUACAACUGCUGCUGCUCCCAGUUUCUGGUGCCAUUGCUGGUGGAAACGCCGUCAUCAUCAAGCCCAGUGAGCUGGCUACAGCUUGCGCUGCUUUCGUCGCUGAAACUGUUCCCAAGUAUUUGGAUAAUGAUGCAGUUAUUGUAAUUGAAGGUGGACCCCAAGAAACUACAGAGUUGUUGAAACAGAAAUUCGACUACAUUUUCUUCACCGGCGGCACUAGCAUUGGCAAGAUCGUCUACGAAGCUGCUGUCAAGAACCUGACCCCUGUUACAUUGGAACUUGGAGGCAAAAGCCCAGUAUACAUUGACAACACGGCAGACAUAAUGAUAACGACAAAGCGAGUGCUCUGGGGUAAAUUCAUCAACGCUGGCCAGACAUGCAUCGCGCCAGACUACAUUCUGUGCACCAAAGAAACCCAGGACAAGUUUGUGGCAGCCGCCAAGAAGAUCCUUCAAGAGUGGUAUGGACCUGACCCACAGAAAUCUCCAGACUUCGCCAGAAUCAUCAAUUCUAGACAUUUUAGCCGUCUCCAAGCCUUAGUGGACGCGAGUAAAGACAAAAUCGCCGUCGGAGGUACCUACGAUGCUAAUGACAAGUUCAUUGAACUCACAAUUCUGACUAACGUCGUAGCGUCAGAUAAGAUCAUGCAGGACGAGAUCUUUGGACCCAUCCUCCCCAUAGUGCCCGUGGAAAAUGCAUAUGAAGCUAUCAAGUUUAUCAAUGAGAGGGACCAUCCUUUAGUGCUUUACGUGUUCAGCAAACAAAAGAACAUACAUACGUUGUUCACUGAACAGACCCAGUCAGGGAGCGUGAAUAUCAAUGACACAAUCAUGUUUUACGCCGUUGAGUCCCUGCCAUUCGGCGGUGUCGGCGCCAGUGGUAUAGGCGCGUACCACGGCAAGAAGACCUUUGAAACGUUCACACAUAAGAAAAGUUGCCUUAUUAAGAACUUCUCACCUAUUGGAGAGAAAUUGGCUUCUGGCCGUUACCCGCCGUACACAGAUGGCAACUUGAAGAUGUUGAACCUACUCCUCCGCAAACGCUUCGGGCCAUCACUGAAGUUCUUGCCCUAUUUUCUCUGCUUCGCGGUGGGCGCUGGACUCUCCUAUGGCAUCUUCGCUUGGCAAAAGAUGCUGUCUGAAGAUUCUUAAAGUGUGACUGAUGCGGCAUCGCCUGGAGCGCCGCAACCCUAUUGUGAUAAUGUUUUUAAUUAUUGAAAUAAGAACUCCGUUAUUUUAAUUCGAAGUAACAUAGUUGAAAAAGAAUUCACCUAAGAACAGUUAUUUUGCUACUUUUUAAUAAAUACAACACUUCACACCCAAAAUCAAUUAAUUAUUAAAGGCUUAAUAUUUAAAUC